AUGGCGUCGAACAAUAGCGAGAGAAGCAACGAUGAUUUGUAUGCUGUUCUGGGUUUGAAGAAGGAAUGUACGACGACGGAACUCCGUUCUGCUUAUAAGAAGCUUGCUUUAAGAUGGCAUCCAGAUCGUUGCUCGUCAAUGGGGAAUUCGGAGUUUGUAGACGAAGCAAAGAAGAAGUUUCAGGCGAUCCAAGAGGCCUACUCUGUUCUGUCUGACUCCAACAAGAGGUUCUUGUAUGAUGUUGGAGCUUAUAAUACUGAUGAUGAUGACCAAAACGGAAUGGGAGAUUUCUUGAACGAAAUGGCGACCAUGAUGAAUCAGUCCAAGCCUAGUGAGAAUAACUCAGGGGACAGUUUUGAACAACUGCAACAUCUGUUUAACGAGAUGUUUCAAGGAGACGCUGCAGCAUUCUCAUCGCCAUCUUGCUCCACUUCGACUUUCACUUCCUCCUGUAGUUUUGUGUUUGACGGAAACGAUCAUCGGUCAGGGCCAUCGUUUGAGACGAGUUCGAUGGGUAUUAACAUGAACAAUCCUUUUGGGUUUGACCCCAGAGCUCAUUCAUUCUCUUUAGGGGUGGAGCAUCAGCAGGAUUUCAAGAAGGGGAAGAACAGUGGCGGAAGAAGAAACAGGAGGAAGAACAAUGCUCAGUCGUCUGCUCACGAAACGUCGUCGUCCAACAACUAUGGAGUCCCUACUUCAUAG